CCACGGCUUGAGAAAGAGAAAAGCGCUACGUUCUGUCAUGCUCGAGAUAGUCGGAUUUUCUGCCGUCGACAUCCCAUCCAGCCUUCCUCAGCACGCCCAUGAUAAAGUCCGUCUUGUCGGCAUUGUAUGCCAGAUGGAAUUCUCUGUUAUCGCCGUACUUGGCUGCCACCUGCUUCUUGAGCCUGGCGUUAUUCGUCCAGCACAUCCGGAUGGUCCCUCAGAUACUGGAGGAACAGCUUCUUUCUCGUGUAUUCACCAUUGCCCUUCUGCACCAUGUGCACGUGGUACAGAGGACGUUUAAAGUACUCGCGGCCCACGAUACCGUACAGACCUUUGUAUCUAUACCCAAGCUGCUGCAUAGCUGGAAUGCACUGGGCGAGCUGGGAGAAGUCAGCGACGACAACUUGGAUAUCAAUGAUGGGCUUGGCAGCAAGGCCCGGGAUGCUGUGGAGCCAACGUGUUCGACGUCGAGGAUGUAGGAGCCGAUUGCAUCGCGAAUGCGGUGGGCUUCGUCAGCAAACUGCUCCGCCCACUUUGGGUCGUAUUCAACAACCACCAACGGGUCGCCCUCGUAGUCUUUUGUCAUGAUGCUAAACAAAAAAUGGAAAGCAGAGGCAAGAUUGAUUCCAG